GCCGUGCACACUUUCCUUGCGCAUAGCUUCCGUCUGCGUUGCAUAGUAUUUGCCGUGCAGCGGUGUGGCAUCACCCCAAGAACGAGACAUUGCUUCAGGGCAUAUCCGUGAGACGCCGUCGACGCCACACAACAUCGCGGACAACCAUUUCAUUCACCACACUCCCCUCUUGUCCACAACAACCCCUACCCCUACCCGUCUUCCACGAUGGACACCCAGCACCAGCUCGAACCGCAGCCCAGCAAGCGCCCCAAGGUGCAUGGCAACCCUUACAGCGAUGCUGCCAACAUCCAGGCCAUGGGCCGUGCCGCCGUGAGGAGCGGCAUGGACACUGCGCAAGAAGCAGCAUAUGCAGCCAACAGAGCUAUGGAGGGCGUCCACCGCUUCAACUUUGAGACGGCAACGCCUGCAUCCUUUGCGCCGCAGAUGAUGGCGCCCUUUGGCGGACCAGCGGCACACAUGUUCGCCGCGGCAUCGCAACACGACCGUCAGCAAGACCGCAGCAGGCCACGGCCAGAGUUUGCCAUGACAUAUGCUCACCCCGAGGACGAGCAGCAGCACCAACAGCAGCAACAGCAGGCUGGCAUGUACGGCAGCCCAUCCCGUUCUGCCCAGAGCCACCACCCGCGCAGGCGCAACGAGGGCCGUGGCGGGGCAAGCGGUGCCAGCGCUCCCAGCUCACCAUUCCGCUCCACAGCGGGGAACGGCAGGAGGCAACAAGAGUAUGCCGCCCACCAUCACCACCAUCAACAAGGGUCUGUCAGCGCUGAUGAUGUUGCCAAGAACGUGCGCUUUGAAUACCCAUCCUACUACGCGCAGGAGGGCGGCCAGGGCUACGCCUUCCAGCAGCAGCAACAGCAGCAGCAACAAGCUCAGCACCCGCGUGUGAUGAUGGUGCGUCCCAGCAACAUCUCUGCCAUGACCUCCACCACCCAGCUUCCCGGUGGCCUCAAGUUCACCACCGUCCACGGCUCAAGCAUGCAUGCCGCCACACCACCUGCCACUCCUUCAAGUGCCAGCAUCGACGAUACUGAGUUGGCUACAUCCCCGCGCCGCCACCGCAACCGUGCGGUGCGCAUUGACGAGGACACAGUCACUUGGCUGCGAGCAAACUUUGAGCUCAAGACCGGUUUCACGGUGGAGCGCCGCCUCGUGUACAAGGCAUACUGCCGGCACAUGCAGAGCAUGAUGCAAGAACCCUGCAACGCCGCCGGGUUCGGCAAAGUGAUCCGUGGCGUGUUCCCUGGCGUCACCUCACGCCGCCUUGGCUCGCGUGGCCACAGCAAGUACCACUACGAGGGCCUGCGCAUCAAGCCAUCCUCCGCCGUCGCCAUGCUUCGCCUUGCCGACGAGGAAACAGAGGCAACAACGCACGACUCCAACUCGAUGCUUGGGAUGGGCAGCAGCAGCAGCGUGACGUCGCCCAUCAGCCGCAUCAGCACAGGAACCUUGAUGAUGCUCAUGCACUCGAUGGACAAGUCCCUCCAGCUGCCGGGCUUCCCCCACCUUGAACUGGAAGAAGUGGGUGUGGCAGUCACGGAGCGCGACACCGCAUCGUUAGAGGAGGACAUUGCAUCCUUCUGCGAGCUCUACCGCAACCACUGUGUCACCAUGCUGGAGGCUGUCAAGUCCGUGAGCUUCGGCAACGUGUAUGCGAUGAUCCACGCCUUCUGGACAGAUUUGCCCGACCGCAUGCGUCAACUGCUGCCAUCAGAGGGCCUGAGCAACAAGAUUGAGCUCUGGGACUCCAUCCUCUACGACACAAUGCUCCACGUGUUUGUGCCAGAGAUUCUCCGCCCCGUCGGAACAAACGCCCACCGCACCAUUGUCACGUUUGUUGAGGACAUUGUGUCCACAGUGAAGGACCUGGAAAGCCUUGAUGCCAACCUCCCACCAAACAUCAUCCGUGCCAAGAAGGCAGCAGCAGAGGUGUUGCAGGAGAUCAUGCAGCGACGCAUGGCACUCAACAACUUGGCACAGGCCGGUAUGAAGAUGCUGAACAGCCACGCGCAAGUGGAGCAAAUGCGCACCGAUCUCGACCGCGUGAACCUCAAGGCCAUCAAACGCGAAUCCGCAUGGGUCACAGACUGCCCCGACGCGUUUGUGGACAGGAUCUUUGCGGAGCUGCUCGAGUUUCUGGACCAGCCGCGCGGCUUGAGCUACGCCUCGCACUGGCUCGACAGUAUCGUCAAGCGCACGUUCAAGUCCAUGGUCGGCAUUGACUUUGAUGCCAUGAGCGUGGACAGCGGCUCGCACGACCACAGCUCGCCGUCCUACGAGCACCUGCCGCCUCUGGACUCUUGCCCACCCGCACCCGCGCUGCCUGCCAUGAGCGCAGGGCGGGGCACAACCCACCAAAGCAAGCAGCAGGUGCAGGCAGCCACGGCCGAGGAGCAGCAACACACCAAGGCCGCAGCGUCCCAACAGAAGCAGCAGCCAGGAACACAGCCCAGCAAGAGCACAUCGUCAAGCAACAAGGACGGCGUCGACACAUCUGCCGCUGCCAAGCAGAGCAGUGGCGCCUCUGCUGACAGUGCUGGCGCUGGCACAUCAUCGCCCACGCGCAGCACACCCCCGCCCAGCGAGCAGCAACAACAGCAGAAUGCACUGGAGGCUCAAAAGACCCCCACUGUCCCCUCACAAGCUGGGGCCAAGGGCUCUUCUGCUGCGGAGGAUGCACGCAGGAAGCUGACGCUUGGCCCGGCGUCGACGCCAUCAGAACGCCCUGAUGCCGCACAGGACAGCGAUUCAAGCAAAAACACCGAAGUGGAACGCAUGGAGUUGUUGCACAAGACAGCAAGGAAGCUGCUGCAAGCGUGGACGUUCUACUCCUCCCAGAUUCUGCGUGAACUCACCAUGAAGAGCGCCCCGUCGUUCGGCUCGUGCAAUGUGCUCAAGCUGCUGAUGGACGAGUACAUGUACUACCUGAUCCACACGCGCGUCACCCACCCGCACAAGGAGAUUGUCCACCCAGACAUCAUUGUGCACACAACCGGCACAGGCACUGCCACCGAUACGAGCUCACAAACAGCAUAACACAUACGCACACGUACUGCAACAGUGCGAUGAUGCCUGCAUUUGUUUUCGUGUUUGAGGAAGCGACUCUUGACACUUGGUCCGACUUGUUUUUUUUUUCUUUCUGUUGGUCGACAAGCGCACGGUGUGGAUGUGCGCAUGUGUUGCCACCAAUCGUGCACCCUCACAUUGCUGGCGGUGAUGUUAUAACCCUUCCCCCCCCCCCCAACGCGUUGGUCGCCUAGCCGUUGUUUGCCUGUUUGUUUACACUUCACACGUAAUGACCCGUGUGCGUUAUCAGCGGUGGUGCACCUCUUCUCUAUUGCCCAUGUUCACAUUAACACCCCACCCACGCAAGCAAGUAAAUGACGCGAAUGAAUGACCGAACAAACUAGGCAAAGGCGCAAGACAAAGAUGC